AUGCCUCCAUUGGACGCUCGGUCGGAGCGGUUGAUCAGGUUCUACAGAGAUGUUCUUGAUGGUAAGGUGGAAAUCCGCAGCGUUAAUGACUUCAAACGUUUUCUGGAAGGUCUGUUUCAUCACAAAGACCCCGGCGAAACGAUUGAGCGACUCGUCGCUAGACCCAAAGCCCUGGAUGCCCUUCGUGGUGGACUACGACUCGACAUCACUCCGCCGUUCAUCAACCAAUACACGGCGAAGUUUGUCCGCUACCUAGACGAUCCCAAGGUGAAACUGCUCUGCAAUGGGCAAUAUCUGGAGCAAAUCCUUCUUAUCAUCGCCGAGCCACGCACUGUGUGGCUAGCUUUUCGCGACGCGCUGACCCAUCGUAAAUUAGACCAGGAUGGUGUCUUGGCCCUGGCCUGGCUGACGACAGAGCUGCUCUCAUUACCAAGGUCAUCCGGUGUCGACGUCAUGGCUGAUGCCCAGUGCAUCGUGGACGACCAGGAAAUCCACAUGUCUUCCUCCAGCGAAUUGCGAAAUCUGGGACACAAGAUCCGGUACCUUCUGCAGAUGAAAUCUUCCGCAAAGACGACCGGACAACCAGGGGGUAGUAUUGCCGCUGGUGGACGCCACGACAACGACUUUCCAGACUUUCGCCAAAUUGCCAUUCUUCCGACCGCGGACGAAUUUGCCUGUGCCGAAAGACCCUUCUAUCGUCGUGCCGACGAGGUCCUUGAAUUAGUGGGUGAUCAGCGCGUCGCCGGACACCUGGACAAUCAGUUUCGCCUUCUGCGAGAGGACAUGAUAUCCGAUCUACGUGAAAGCGUGCAAGUCGCGCAGGGUAAGAAGAAGGGUCAUCGACCAACCCGGCGGCUGGGGAAUCUUGCCCUUGAUUCAGUCGCCUGCCGAGAUACGGGUAAAAGACAUCUGAAACCAUGUGCCGUCGGGGUCACCUGGAGGACUGGACAAGAGACGAUUCGAGAGAUGACUGGUAAAGUCCGUAAAAAACACCUUAAGAAAAGUCCUAACACCCUGAAGCACAAUGCCCUUGGCUGUGUGCUUCGGGCGGACGAAAUUGUGGCCUUUGCGACGAUCGAACGAGACAUCGAGUCGCUCGCGCUCAAGACUCCGGUUCUUAAGCUACGGGUCUCAGGACAAGAUGCACUCAAGAAGUGUCUCUUAUACUUGAAGAUGUACAACGACGUCGACUUUGUCCUGGUGGAUGCGUCGGUCUUCGCAUACGAGCCGAUCCUGAAACGGUUGCAGGAUAUGGCCAUCCUUCCGCUCAAGGAGGAGCUGUUUCUGUACGAAGACGGCAAUCCUGUUGGCAUGUCGGGCUUGGUGCCCGGCAGGCUUGUCUCCAAACUAGAGGGAAAGGUGGACAGCGACAUCUCAGGCCCCUUGGGCAUCGAUAAGCCUGUCCAGAUUGACCGGUCGCAACUCCAGUCUCUGAUUACAGGUCUCACGCAGAGCGUUAGCCUGAUACAAGGCCCCCCAGGCACCGGGAAAUCUUUCAUCGGCGCACUGCUGGCGAAAGCUUUCCACGAUCAGACGACGGAGAAGAUCCUAGUGAUGUGCUACACCAACCACGCUCUGGACCAGUUCCUGGAGGAUCUGCUUGACAUUGGAAUCAAGCACAGUUCGAUCGUCCGGAUAGGUCCAAAGUCAACCCCUCGUACUGAGCCUCUUCUUUUGAAGGAACAAAGUGCGAAUUUCAAGCGGUCUUCCCAAACAUGGAAUAAGAUCAAUGCCGUUGAGAGCGAUGCCAGCGAACAGGAAUCUGACUUGAUAACGAGUUGCGCAAGAUACAAAGAAACGGGGGCUAAUGCCGCCUCGAUUCUAGAAUACCUCGAAUUCGAAGAUGAGGAGUGUUUCGAGGCCCUAAGUGUUCCUGAAGAUGCGAACGGCAUGACCAUUGCUGGUAAAAAGGGGCGGGCCAUCAAAAAAGACCACCUUUACAAGCAAUGGAUAAGGGGCCAAGGGCCCGGGUUUUUCAAGGAUUUGAUCCCUUCGAGCUGUCGAGCUGUGUGGCAGCUGGACCUGCCCGCACGUCAGGAGAAGAAUAGCAUGUGGACCCGAGCUUUGUUGGAGGAACAGGCUUCAACGUUGGGAGCCCACGCAUCCCAAUUCAAUCGCUCACAAAGAAUGCUAGAUACCCUUCGGAGAGAUAAGACUCGACACAUUCUGGAAAAUAAACGGAUAAUUGGCUGUACCACGACAAAAGCAGCCAUGUUCUUCGAUGAGAUUCGCCAAGCAGCACCUGGGAUCAUUCUGCUUGAGGAAGCGGGAGAAAUUCUCGAGUCCCAUGUUCUUGCAGCGAUGACCGAGAGCACCAAGCAGCUGGUCAUGAUCGGAGAUCACCUUCAAUUGCGACCAAAGGUGAAUAAUUACGCUCUUACCCGAGAGAAGGGGGAGGGAUAUGAGCUCAACGUCUCGCUAUUUGAAAGAUUGAUCCACGCUGGGUACCCCCACACAAGACUUCGAAAGCAGCACCGAAUGUGCCCGGAGAUCUCGACAUUGGUUCGUGGGUUGAUGUAUUCCGACCUGGAAGAUGGUGCAAAGACACGGGAUCGCCCGCCACCGCGAGGCCUGCAGGACCGCGUUAUCUUCAUCCAGCAUGAGCAGCCAGAAGUGAACUUGAGCAAUGUUUCCGAAAAAGGGGACGAGGGCUCUACACAAAGUAAAAGCAAUCUUUUUGAGGCUUCGCUCGUCUUAAAGAUCGUAAAGUACUUGGGACAGCAGGGUUAUGGUACUGACAGGGUGGUCGUGCUGACCCCGUAUCUGGGCCAGCUCCAUCUUCUCAGGGGAGAAUUGAGCAAACAGAAUGAUCCAGUGUUGAAUGAUCUGGAUUCACACGACCUGAUUCGAGCGGGUCUGAUAUCACAGAGCAGUGCGAAUCAAGGGAAGCGUCCAAUCAAGCUUUCCACGAUCGAUAACUACCAGGGUGAAGAGAGCGAUAUUGUCAUUGCGUCACUUACCAGAAGUAACAAACAAGGCAACAUCGGAUUCAUGGCAGCACCUGAGCGAGUUAACGUCCUGCUUUCUCGCGCCCGUGAUGUUUUAAUCAUGAUUGGAAACUCCGAUACUUUCUUAUCGAGUAGACAAGGGAAAAAAUGCUGGAAACCGCUAUUGGACCAGCUGAAGACCAAUGGCCAUAUCUACGAUGGACUGCCUGUCAGGUGCGAGCAGCACCCCCGGACUACCGCCGUCUUGAAAAAUGCUAUAGACUUCGACAAGGAAUGUCCAGACGGUGGCUGUUCUGAACCCUGUGGCGUAAAACUGAACUGCGGUACCCACGACUGCCCCUCUAGAUGUCACCAGCUCUCAGAUCACUCAAAAAUGAACUGUCCCACGAUGGUGGAAUGGAAAUGCUCUCGUGGACACCGCCGUACAGCCCCCUGUUCCAAGACUAGGAGCGCAUGCGGAAGUUGUAUCAACGAAGACCAGGAGCAACAACGCAGACGCCAGAGAGAUCUCCAGCUGGAUGCAGAGCGUCAAAGAAAACAAAAUGAAUAUGCGGAACAACUUGCUGAGGCGCAGUCUGAGAUUGCUCAUCUAAAGCGCACUCAGCGAGACGCCUGGGACGACGUGGAGCGACAGAAUAUUCUCCGUCAGCAUCAACAGGAGAUCGAGAAUCUGAAGUCUCCCAAAACUCGGAAUGUCCCGCAACAGCUCAUAUCCCCAAUACGUACGACCAACGAAGUGAACGUCACGAAUGCCGGGGCACAAAUCACACCGCCAGCGACCCCUGAAUCGACAUCUGGUCAGCCGAGCACCGAUGUGCAAGAGGAUCCCAGCGAGCCCCAAGAGCCCGAGGCAUCGUCGCCAUCAGAAGAUGACUGGGAAUAUCAAAAGCAGUUUAUGAAUGCUAGAAGCAAUGAAAUCGAUAAGCUGAUGGCAAUGAUUGGACUCGAGUCUGUCAAAGAGAAGUUCUUGGCCAUCAAAGCCAAGGUCGAUAUUGCCGUUUCCCAAAAUGUCAAGCUUGACCGUGAGCGGUUUGGAACAGUGUUGCUUGGCAACCCCGGCACGGGUAAGACGACAGUAGCACGACUGUACGCGAAAUUCCUCGCGUCCAUGGGUGUGAUACCUGGGGCAGAAUUCGUCGAGACAACAGGUUCCAGGCUGGCGAAUGACGGUGUCUCGGGAUGCAAGAACAUCCUCGACAAGAUUCUGGAAAAUGGCGGAGGGGCUAUGUUCAUCGAUGAGGCGUAUCAACUGACCCAGAGCAGUUUUGGAGGCACGCAAGUCCUCGACUUCCUCCUAGCCGAGGUGGAGAAUCUCACCGGCAAAAUGGUAUUCAUUCUGGCCGGGUAUCAGAGGCCUAUGGAAAAGUUCUUCGCUCACAACAUUGGCUUGCCGAGCCGUUUUCCACAUGAGCUUAAAUUCCACGACUAUGACGACGGCGAGCUGCUGAAGAUUUUAGGACGAGGAAUCGAGUCGAGAUGGAGACAGCAGAUGAAGGCGGAGGGUGGACUUGGGGGGUUAUUCUGCCGCGUUGUGUCUCGCCGUGUUGGACGAGGUCGUGGCAGCGAGGGAUUUGGAAAUGCACGAGCCAUUGAGAACGUCAUUUCUAAAAUUGCCGACCGCCAGUCUGACCGACUGAAGAAAGCGAGGCGAAGAUCCAAGUCUCUAGUCGACAAUUUCCUUCUCACGAGGGAGGAUCUGAUUGGACCAGAGCCAACCCAAGCUUUGGAGGGUUCGAAGGCGUGGAAGACACUGAAAGCGAUGAUCGGUCUGGAUGCCGUCAAAGAGUCGAUCCAAGCACUCCUAGGUACCAUCAGCUGGAACUACAAGCGGGAGCUCAGUGAACAACAUCCCAUCGAAUAUGGCCUGAACAAGGUCUUUUUGGGUUCUCCCGGCACCGGGAAAACGACCGUGGCGAAGCUGUAUGGUCAGAUCUUGGUUGAUCUGGGGUUGUUAUCCAACGGAGAAGUGGUAAUCAAGAAUCCUUCCGAUCUGAUCGGGAGUGCAAUGGGCGAGUCGGAGAAAAACACCAAAGGAAUUCUCUCUUCGACAGCGGGCAAAGUCCUGGUGAUUGACGAAGCCUACGGUCUCUUCGCGGGAGGGACCUCCACCGAAGGAACCUCCCAAAGCGACCCAUACCGAGCUGCCGUUGUCGACACCAUCGUGGCCGAAGUCCAGAGUACGCCCGGUGAAGAUCGAUGUGUGCUACUCCUGGGUUACAAGGACCAGAUGCAGCAAAUGUUUCAUAACGUCAAUCCGGGUCUCAGUCGACGGUUUCCCAUUGACCAGGCCUUUGUAUUCGAAGACUUCACCAAGAAACAGAUGGAUUCUAUCCUGACACUGAAGCUUAAAGGGCUUGACCUUGGGAUCACCGAGCGUGGCCGGGCAGUGGCACUGGAGAUGAUCGAGCGUGCCCGCAACCGCCUGAACUUCGGGAAUGCAGGAGAGAUUGAUAUCCUCCUGAACUCUGCUAAGAUGCGUCUGCAGAAGCGGAUCUCUUCCCUGCCGGGUGUCGAUUAUGCAUUAGCAGCCGUGUUUGAUGCCCCGGACUUUGACGAGGACCAUGAUCGCGCUGAUAGAGAGGCCAAUGUUGCAGAGCUGUUCGAAGGCGUGGUGGGGGCCGAGGAUAUAAUUUCCAAACUGGAAGACUACCAACAACUCGUGAGGCGCCUCAGAGCUCUAAAUAUGGAACUUGGUGAGGAGGUACCUUACAACUUCCUCUUCCGCGGGCCACCAGGCACGGGAAAAACAAGCACCGCAAAAAAGAUGGGCCAAGUUUACUACAACAUGGGUCUACUAGCCUCAACGGAGGUAGUGGAAGCCUCCGCGACGGACUUGGUGGGUCAAUAUGUAGGACAGACAGGUCCGAAGACCCAAAAACUGCUCGAGAAUGCCCUCGGCAAAGUCCUUUUCAUCGACGAGGCAUAUCGUCUGGCCGAGGGAAAUUUUGCCAAAGAAGCAAUGGACGAGCUAGUCGACUGUAUUACCAAGCCUAUGUUUUUCCACAAGCUGAUCAUCAUUCUCGCGGGCUAUGACGAUGAAAUUAACAACCUGAUGUCCAUCAACCCGGGCCUAACCAGUCGAUUCCCUGAGUCUAUACAGUUCCACUCUUUAUCCCCGAGACAAUGUGUUCAGCUCCUGAUCACUCUCUUAUCUAAGCGGCAGAAGAGCGUCAGCUCCAAGGAAAACGGAGACGUGGGUUUUGACCUAGGUGCACUGGAAAGACCGCAGGAGACUUUUGUCACGACGGUGACCCAGCACUUCGAGACGCUUUCCCAUACAACCGGGUGGGCAAAUGCUCGCGAUGUUGAAACUUUAGCAAAGUCUAUUUUCCGAAAGGCCUUACAGACUAGUGGUGUCACCGCCGUGGUGGUGACAGAAUCGCAUGUACUGGAGGCUCUUGGCGACAUGGUCAAUGAUCGAGCGUCCCGCGAGAAACCAUUACCCAAGCGACUGUCUCUUUGCCAGGACGGCACAGAGAAGACCCAACCCGCCCCGCUAUCUCAAACCUCGCAUCGCCCCAAGAUGAGCACACCGAGCAUUCAAUCCUCGUUGCUAGAAAAGAUCGAAGUUCGCGAAGAGCACGACGAAGAAACGCAGCACCAACUGGUGGAAGCCGAAGCCAAACCGCGAGAUGCUGGCGUCAGCGAUGAGGUCUGGUAUCAACUACAGAAAGACAAAGCCGCGGCCCUCGCCCUUGCACAGGAAGACGCAAAGCAGCAGGAAGCCGAGGCAAGGGAGCGGGAGAUUCUCCAGAAAAUGAAAGAACCGGUUAUUGCUCCCCCUACCGCUCCCGAUGACGAGGACAAAAGACGCCACGAACAAGCUCGACUGCAGCGUUUGGCUCAACUUCGCGAGCAGGAGGCGAUUCUUAAGAAGCUUGAGAAGGAGAAAGCCGCGAGAGAGGAAAGGCAGCGGCAGGAGGAGAAAGCACAGAAAAAAUUGAGAGAAAUGGGGGUGUGCCCUGUAGGUUAUCGAUGGAUCAAACAAAACGGUGGUUAUCGGUGUGAGGCUGGGGGUCAUGUAGUGUCUGAUGCACAGCUGGCAUAGAGUUGACUAUCCAUCGACCCUCUGUGGUCGACUACUGUGCCUCACUUUUCAUGUGCAAUUGAUUGUUGGAAAAUCAGU